UGUGGGGGGGGGGUUAUCCUCUCUGUGGUGACGUCACCCAGGCUAUCUCCAAAGAGACGCAGCGUUGAGUGUUUGAGCAGCCAGGCGGACAGUGUGCAUCCCAGGACGCAACAUCAGUGUAGCCGGGGCUCAACUUUCAGCUGAUCGCUUAACUUCGGGCGCUUUUGGGAAACUUACAAAAAUGGGUUGCUUUGAGUGCUGCAUCAAAUGUUUAGGCGGGGUGCCGUAUGCGUCGCUGGUGGCUACGAUCCUCUGCUUCUCUGGCGUUGCCCUGUUCUGCGGAUGCGGCCAUGUGGCUCUCACUGGCACUGUGACCAUCCUGGAAAGCCACUUCUCCAAGGUCACCAGUGAUCACGCCAUGCUGACUGAUGUAAUACAGCUGAUGCAGUAUGUCAUCUAUGGCAUUGCUUCGUUUUUCUUCCUGUACGGGAUCAUUCUGCUGGCUGAGGGCUUCUACACAACCAGUGCAGUCAAGGAACUGCACAGUGAGUUCAAGACCACCAUCUGUGGGCGCUGCAUCAGUGGGAUGUUUGUGUUCCUCACAUACAUUCUGGGUGUGGCCUGGCUCGGUGUGUUUGGCUUCUCCGCCGUGCCAGUCUUCCUCUUCUACAACAUGUGGUCUACCUGUGCCGCCAUGAGGUCUCCCGUGGCCAACCUCACCAACAUUGACUCCAUCUGUGUGGAUGUUCGUCAGUACGGAAUUAUCCCAUGGAAUGCCAUGCCAGGCAAGGCCUGUGGAUCUACGCUAGGUGACAUCUGCAACACCAGUGAGUUCUACCUGUCUUAUCACCUGUACAUUGUAGCGUGCGCUGGGGCGGGAGCCACCGUGAUCGCUCUGCUGAUCUACAUGAUGGCUACCACUUAUAACUUUGCCGUUUUGAAGUUUAAGAGUCGAGAAGACUGCUGCACUAAGUUUUAAACUGUUUUAAGAGCACAGUACAGCGUUUGAGGCUGUACUGAGUAGAGACAGUUGCCACUGACAACAAAUGAACUAAAAAAAAAACAAAACCCUGAGAAUAGAAAAAUCAACAUCUCUCCAUUAGUGUAAAUAGCUGAUUGUAUGCUUCCUUUAGCAUUUGGUAUCCAGGGAUAUUGCUUGUCUGAGGACACCUGAUGAAAGUUGUCUUCAGACUGGGGUGGUAUUUAGUUGACUGGUUUGUUCUGCUUUCCUUGGCACUCACUUAUAGACAUUUGUCACCAUCAGAUUUUAUAGAAAUGUGCACAGCUAGAAAUCCACAACAGUGUUAUUUAUAUUCAUAAUGUGUAAAGCUGAUUUUGACCUGCACAAAAGCAUCAACUGCAUGAGUAUUUCAGAUUUUAAAAGAACCUACAGUAUUUAGCAUGCAGUACCUCACCUUUUAUAACAGGACGAGCAUCGGUUGACUGCAGUCAGAGCUGAAAUGCGAAUUUGUGCACAAACUCCUGAGGCACUUGUGAAACAUAAAUGUAAGAUACUUGUGCAGGUUGUAACGCACAAUUUUAAAAAUGAUCUAAAUUGGAAAUGAGACCACUCUGAGGUCUGAUGAAGACAUACACUGCACAAAGCACAUGUAGAUGUACAUUAUAAAGCUCUCCACAUGAACAUCUGAUGACAGAUAUUAAAGGUGUUCUCAGGCUUUAUGUUUUUCAUUGCCAGAUUAGCAGUUUUGGUGAGAAUGAAUUGUAGUGAUACAUUUAUAAAAGGACUAGCUACAGUGGCAAAGUAGCAGUGGCCAAGUGCCUUGCCCUUAUAUUUCUAUGGUUUCUUUCCUUAGCCUUAAGAUUUUGGUGCCGACCCAUGAAACCAUGAAGUGUUACACAGACAAUAUUCAGUAUUAUUUCUUUUGUCACAAGUUAGAUUCUAAACUGAACUAAAAACCUUUCAUCAACUGUAUUAUGCUGAUGAGUAUUACAGUGACCAGUUGUGUUUAUUGUAGAUUUCAAAGUAAUUGCACAUACCUAGCACAGCACACUAUGAUGGGUUAGGCCAGUACCAGAGGUAUCCUUCUGCAUGAGGCCAUAAGCCUCACUUUCAUUUCAUGUAUUUUAUAUAUAUAUAAAAAAAGAAAUUCUCCUGUUUUAGAGUAGAGUAAAUGUAUAUUUUCUAUAAGGGCUGAUGCUGGUAUAGCCUCAGCCAUGAAGUUGAUGUUUUGUUUCAUACAUUUUCCUUUUUUUCUUUCUCAAAGUGCCAUUAAAGAGCCAUUUGUUUUUAUCUUAACACUGAGCCUGCAUGCUUACAUUUUUCAGAUUCUUUGAUCUGUUUAUAGUUACUUAUACUCCAUAUUUCAUAUAUUUAAUUUUCUCCUAAGUUUUUGAAGACUGUAGCUUUUACUUUCUAUAUAAAAUAAACAAUCUUUGUCUACAAAAGUAUCCCUACUUGGUCUAUUUCUUAUAAAUCCUACAGCAAUAUAAUACUGAACCUCAUAUGGAACAGGGUCAGAUUCACAAAAUACAAAAUCUCAUGCUUUGCACUAACCUCAAGCUUUAACAGCUGCAUAAAACUUGCAUGCACAACCUUUGGUUCUCUUUCUUUUCUCUACUCAUCCUGAAGCCUUAAAAGUCUAAUUUCUGUAGUAUUGCAUAGCAGGAUAGUAACGUAACUCCAGUAUUAGUAAUAAUUGUAACAGUAAUGUUACAAUAAGUCUUUUUCAGUAAUGUCUUUUGCCACCCUUGUUUGUUAAGUCUUUUUUUAAAGCUUAACUUUAUGUUUGUGUAUGUCCGUAAUGUACAUACUGUAGCUCUGACUCCUGUAGCUUGCUUUGCAUCUUUGACAUGCUCACGGGCCAUCAACCUCACCCUUCUCUUCCAGAUCCACUUCCUCAUGAUUCUCUCAGCAAACUGGGCCUACCUUAAGGAUGCCAGUCAAAUGCAUGCCUACCAAGACAUCAAAAUGAAAGAAGAGCGGGAGCUGCAGGACAUCACCUCACGCUCAAAGGAAUGCCUCAAUUCCUACACAUAAGGAUAUUACACGCUCACACUCUCACAAUUCACACACACUUAAAGACACAUAGACACUGUGGCCAAUCACUGUGGCCCCUUUGGACCAAGACAAUGCUCAGCUAAAAUAACCUGCCAACUGCCAUGACACUGUGCAGUACUAACCAGGCUCCUAACAAACUAAUACAUCAGUAUUGCUUUCUGCACUAACUCACCAAAAAGUGUUUUGGAACUGCUAUUUAAAAUGUCAUUUAUGCUGUUUUUGUGUCUAUUUUUCUGAAUGAAUUCUGAUAUUCAUGUAGUGUUUGAUUUUUGAUUCUCCAGCCCUUUUUAUAGCCAGUUUUUGCUGGUGAAGCUUGAGACAUUGCACUAUUCUUAUACAACGCAUAACGAUGUCCAGUUGUUUUACAGUCUUGCUCUGUCUUUCUUUUGAGCUGUGGUGGCCAGUUUUCCACAAGGGAAUGUAACAUUUUAUUUGUUUGCUCUCUUUCAAUCAAAAAUGCAGAUGAAUUAUACACAACAUGAAAGGCCUUACAUCCAAUCUGAGUUAGUGUGUCACUUAGAUAGAAGAACCAUCGAUUUAUAAUGCACUGACAAGACUGUGGGGUGUCACAAGAUGUUUUGCUUUGACUUCACAGUAAGGAAGGCGGUAAAAUAUAUAAUGUGGACCCAGUUCUGUUGUAAAACUGGGGGUUAAAGUUUAAGUAUUUAACUGCAGCUGAAUCCUAGUGAUAAUCUAAGUGUUAAUCAUUGGUUCUAGAUUCUAUUUUUCAUACAGCUACUUAAAAGUCACUCAGAACAUUCAUGGCCUACAUUAACACUACCUCAGGUAUGCACUAGAGCCUAUGGAACAAUUUAACUGGAACAAACACUUCUCCCUUGUAAAACGAUGGUUUGGAAAUCCCAUUUUAAUUGUAAAAAGAUGCCUCAGACAGUAUGUAUCAGGUUAGCUGCAAAGUAAACUAAGCACACACAUCAGGAGCUCCUCUACAUCACAGUAUGAUAGGAUUUAUUUUUUAUGCAUAAUGCCAUAACAAUAACUUGCUUGCUAAAUGUGGACUGCUGCCAAUAAGGAGACAGAAGGAUGUUCAAUGUAUUCAGUAUGUUAAAAGUUUGGUCCAUGUGUAUUCAUUUAUGCAAAUGAAAAAAAGAUCAAGGCUUGCCUACACAAAGAGCUCUCUGAUCCCUCAAAUGCUUUUUAGCCCAUUAUCUAUUGUAAUAUUUGAUCAUAUUGUAAUAUCUGAUAAUUUUUUUUUGUUGAUUUUGAAAAAUCUUAUAAAAACAAGUGUAACUAUGUCCCAUGUGCAAUGGUACUUUGGAAAAUCCUACAGAUCUAAAGUUAAAAUGUAAACUUGUUACAAGUCAGGAUAUUUAGUGUUUUAUUUUUGAAGAUAAAACCACUUAAUUUUUUUCUUAAUUUUCUAUAAUUGCAUCUGUUUUUGAUGUGCAAUUGUCAUAAUGCUGACAUAAUUACUCAUGUAAUCUUUUAUUUCUAUUAGUUGAGUUACAAGGAUAACUUGAUGUUUCUUUGUUGCAUGAAGACAACUGUUUCUGCAGUGACACGUGAUGUACAGUCGUGUAUACUGACAUCAGUAGUAGGCAGUGUUUGCCUGUUUCCUUUUUUUCCCCUCUAACUGAAUACAAAUUAAUCCAUUUUAUGUAGCUUAUUAGUUAUAGAUGUUUUUUAGGUUCUUUUAUUCAAGUCAGAAGUAUAUGAGUCUUAUCUAUAUUAUUUUGUUGCCUGAUAGUAUACCUAUAUUUUCUAUGAAUGUCAAGGGCUUCCUCGUGAAUUACUGAUGCGUAACUUUUAUUUCAACUUUCAAAUAACAAUUUGUCAUUUCUAAAAUUGUAUGGCAAUCUAAAUGGUAAAUUUAGCCAAAGUAUGAAUACCAUUGUAACUCUCUGCCCAGUGUUUUACACUGUGAGAUAAUGUAGUACAAAACCUGCAUAGUUCUCUGCAGGACUAAUAGCCACAGGUGUACAGUGGCCAAGGAGAAAGAUGAUCAUCUCAUUUUUGCAUGCUGUGUUUCCUAUUGAAUGAACCAAAAACUUAAGAAUAAAGGCUACCUAUGAAUCACCAGGAGGACAACAAUCCUGCAUCCUGUCUGACUGAAAACCCCUUUAUGACAUUACUCAACUGGCCUGUUGACUGUUUUUAUGAAAAAAUAAAAUAAAACAAUCUUC